AUGAAUAUUUCGAUGCUGGUAAAUUUAUAAUUUUUUAUUUAGAAUCCUGAAUUCUUCUAUGAGUAUUUAAAUAAAGUGUGCAUACUUCAGGACAGACAGUCAAGAAUGAUCUUCUUUUACCUAACUGGGCUGUAGAUAAAUCAGAAAGAAAAGAUGAUAUUCCAGUUGGUUGUUAUAUCAACGAUGAUAUAUUCUGGCAGGAUAACAAUAAAGCUAAUGAAAAAUAACGAAAGAAAUAUUUUAAACAUAUUUGAAAGCGCAUUUUUCUAAUAACAAGACAUUUUCCUAUGUUAUUUUGUCUGA